AUGAGCUGGAGCGGAUCAUUCUCCGCGCAGCAGCAGCGGGGAUCCACGGGAGGGAAGCCGUCGCGAGGCAGAGGCAACUUCCAAGGCCGAGGCCGCGGUGGGUUUUCGCGCGGAGGAUACUUGCACGAUAGCCAGGAAUACAGAGGCAGAGGCAACAAGAGGGGCUCGUGGCGAGACAGGUCUGGCGGUUCGGAGCCGCCACUGCCACCGUUGCCAACCGGGCCACUGAUUGAGCGAUUACGGGCAGUCGAUCUCGACUUUGAGGCCGCGUCAUUUGAGGAUGCAGCAGUCAUUUCGGCUGUUGAGCCGGUCGCUUCAUUUAGCUGGAUGAAGGCCGAUAGGCCGACGAUCAUGAUCCCGGGCAUGCCCCCACGCUGGUCGCCUCCAGCUGCCGGCGCGCCACCACCGGUGUUGUCCGAGGACAACGGGGCCUACUUCCGCGAUAUCAAUGCGGGCCACUACGCAGCCCAUCCGAUGGAGCCGACGGUCGUGGCUGGCCUCGCCGCCGACCCGUCGCUGCCGCGCUCAACCGACAUUGUCGCCUGUGGCUCGACGCUGGGCAGUCUUCUGCGCUUUCUGCGCGGUGACGACAAGCCGUUCCGCAUGCUGGCCGAGAUCGUCACGGGCAGCCUCUUCCUCGUGCGCCGGGAGCGGUCGCCGACCGAGCUGCUGCAGAACGUCUACGGCUACGGCCACUCGUUUCCCGAGGCCUACACGACCUGGGAUCCUCGUGUGCGCGGCUCAACAUCACACCAGCGGCUGAUACGCUACUCCUUUGGCCAUCUGGACCUGGCCGUGCGUUACGAGGUGGACGGCUACCUCGAGGACGAGGAGGAGCAGAAGAAGAGGACGGAGAGACAGCAGACAGAAGAGACAGCCUCGGCCUCAUCCGUGGACGAUCUGGUGGCCGGUCUGGAUGGCCUGUCGACAGCUGGCAGCAACGAAAAACGCGGCUCCCCGUCCUCGACGUCCGCUCUGACCGUCGUCCACGGCGGCUCGCCCGUUGACCGCCGUUGCGUCAUUGAUAUCAAGACGCGCAGCGAGCGCAAGCGCGAGCUUGAGGACACUAUCGCCCUCGAGCUGCCUCGGCUCUGGGUUCGCCAGAUUGACAACUUUGUGCUGGCCUACCAUGUGCGCGGCACGUUUCACGACGUCCAGGUGCUGCCGGUGCGCGACCGCGUGCGCGCCUGGGAGCGCCACCCAGAGCAGCGUCCGGCCCUGCGCCGUCUGGCCGCCCUGCUGCAUCGUCUCGUAGCCGCCACGCGGACGGCGCCGGACCAGCGCCUGGAAAUCGUGUUUGCCGGCCGUGACAGCUCGCACGCUACUUCACAAAACCUGCCAGACGACCACGCUUAUUUAGAGCUGCAUGCACAGCUGCCUGGCACUGAGGACACGCUGUCGGCCGCUGUCGGCGAGCAGUGGGACCACGGACUAUCGGUCGCAGCGUGGCUGGUGGAAGACUCGACAGCCUCCGAUGGGCCGGAAUCGCCGGUCGACAAACAACCUCUGAAGGAGGCCCCACUUGAAGACGGCGGAAAAGGGGGCCAGCUGCCCACGCUGGCAGAGCUGGUCUCCUGGGAAGAUGGCAGCGAGGACUUCACGGGCUGCUCAGCAGCGUGUGGCUACUGUGGCGAGUGCGCGUACUGA